AUGAAUGCCCCUUUCAUUCAUCCAAUAACUGCCCCGUACUUUUCGACAUAUGAGGGAUACAAUUUCACCUUGAAGAAUGACCCCAUAUGGACAAAACCAUUGGGCAAGGAUCUGUGUGUCGUGGACAUUGACAAUCGGCCGUUCUCGAAGAAACAUGAGCUUUUCAAUGAACAACCCCUCAAUUGGGACUCAUUCGACAAGUUUUCAGCUGGUCUUUUAAAUCAUUAUCUUUAUGCAAUGAUCCACGGAUAUAGAUAUGCCUUCGUCCAUCUUGCACAAAAGCCAUCAGAUCGCUAUAUGUCUUGGGCCAAAGUACCCGCCGUCAUCGAGCACCUAAAAGAAUGCAAAUAUCUCCUAAAUGUCGAAGCAGAUGCCAUCUUCAAAGAGCUCACAUUACCCAUGGAAUGGCAAAUGAACUAUUGGAACUUCACCAAAAACACCAAAGUCGCAAUCCCUUCCGACCCGAACGAGGACUUCAACCUAGACUGGGAAGGGAAAGUGAACUUAAAUACAGGGUUCAUCCUCGCGCAAAACACGCCUCGAACUUUCGAGAUAUGGGAGGGUUGGAAAUCUUGUGUGGAUGACCAUGUCCGUUUUCCUGGUUGUGAGAAGUUCAGGGAUAACUGGCCAGCUGAGCAAGGUGCAUAUUCCUCUAUAAUUCGUCACGCAUAUAACGAUCCGGAUGAUCUGCUGGUUAUACGGUGUAGCGAAGCUAAUGAGUACCCGGAAUCUGGUUCCGACUGCAUUGGCUCGUUGAAUUACCAACAUUUUUGGAUUAAGAAGGAGCAACUUUUGAAGGAUAAGGCUGUCGUACCGAUGAUGCAGUUGAUGAUGCAGAGCUUGCGGCUGGAUCUUUUGAUUGGGAAAAAUGAAGUAUUGGUGAAGAAACAGGGUUUCUAUAUUUAG